UAAACGCACCGCUUGUUGCCAACUUCCCGUCAGUCAUUUUGUUCGGUGGCUGUAUUUCUAUGGUCGACGAUAUCGUUAAAAAUCUUUAACAUCGGCUAGUAAUUUCCAAAGUGACAUUAUGAGUCAAGCAAUGCCUGAAUUGGGCUCCAAGAUAAGCCUAAUAUCUAAAGCAGACAUUCGUUACGAAGGCCGGCUUUUCACCGUCGAUCCUCAGGAAUGUACCAUCGCUUUGGCUAGCGUGCGCUCAUUUGGUACGGAGGAUCGAGAGACGCAGUACCCUGUUGCGCCUCAGAGCCAGGUGUAUGACUACAUCUUGUUCCGUGGUACCGACAUCAAGGAUAUCCGCGUGCUGAACAAUGUGCCCUCACUACCCAAUGACCCUGCCAUCAUGCAGAUGUCUGUGCCACCAACGCUUGGCGCAGGCAGUGCACCAGGCCAGUUUGCGGGGCAGUACAAUCACCCAGUGGUGGGGCAGACACAGUACUCGCAGUACCACCCGAUGUCUGGCUUCCAAGGAAGUGUCCAUUCUCAGCUCAGUAAGACCAGUGAGUUGUCUCCGCAAACCUCAGUGGAGCUGGCACCCCAGCCCCCACCGGCUGCGGGUCCGAUUGGCUCAGGAGUGGCGCAUCACGCCAAUCAAGUGAAAGACCAAGGUUCCAUGCUUGAACUCAUUGGAGGAGGAUCUCAACAAAGUGCUUCGCGAUCGGGUACGCCCGCGGUUGGCUCGCACAGGAAGAGCCCCACGUCCGAUCAGGGCACGCAGGUCGGGUCCGUGGCUAGUGGGUCUAGCCAGCAACGCGACAGCCGACGUGGCAGUAACGGUCAGGCCCAAAAGGGUCCCGCGAAUCGCAACCGCACGAACUCGCGCAACCGCCAACGCUACCCCAGCGGCGGCGCGCCGGGGUCCCACCAGCCUCAUCAGCAGCAACACCAACAGCAGCAUCAGCAGCAACCGCAUCAACAGCAGCAGAUGCAGCAUAACCAGCACAACCAGGCAACCUCGAACCAGCAGCAACAUCAUCAUCACCAGUCUGGUAACUUCUCUGGCGCCGGGCAGGGCUACGGUCGCGGCGGCUGGCGGGGCCGGCCCCGUGGUCGCGGCCGCGGCUUCGUCCCAAGAAACAAGAAUACCCUCAAGUUCGACAAAGACUAUGAUUUUGAACAAGCUAACACAGAAUUUGAGGAGCUUCGCAGCCAAUUGGCCAAGACUAAGAUCUCAGACGGCGAGGUGAAAGUUGAGGAGUCUGAAGUAAUUAUUAUAACGCAGGGUGAGGUUGAUAAGAAGGAUGACUCUGGAAACGAGACGGGUGCUGGUGAACCGGAGGUUGAUGAAGACCAGAAUGGUUACACAGGGUAUGACAAGAACAAGAGUUUCUUUGACAACAUCUCCUGCGAGGCUGUUGAGAGGUCCAAGGGCAGAAGCCAGCGAACGGAUUGGAGGACGGAGCGCAAGCUGAACUCGGAGACGUUCGGCGUGGCGUCCGCGCGUCGCGGCGCCUGGCGCGGCCGCGGCGGCUGGCGCCACCACAACCCGCAGCACCAGCAGUAUGCUAACUACGUGCACAGUUUCUCGGACGACGGCAGAUGGCGCGCGAUGCGCGGCGGGCCCCGCGGCGGCCCGCGUGGCGGCCCGCGCGGGCCCCGCGUGCAGCCCGCGCCCAGCGCGCAGCCGCAGCCCGCGCAGCCCCAACCCGCGCCCACCGCAGCUAAGUAGGAUUUGAUGGAGAGCGUCCGCUACACCGAAAGAAUUUUUUAUCGCAGCAGGGACUAUUCAAAAAUGGAUAAGUGACGGAAAGUGUUAGUUUGGUGAUGAAGUGUCUUGUAUUGAUUUGGAAAGUAAAUGUCUUUGCGGGAAGUUUAAUUGUUGUGCAGAUUCAAGUUGAUGGACAUUGUUUUGGUGUGAUAGUGUUGUAUCCAAUAUAAUGGAAGGAUAAAGAUGGAAUUUCCCGUAAGAGCGCGACAGAACAAAAUGUCGGCACUAAGACGGCUCACUGUUAGUAUAAUGUAAGUAUAGGAGUGUCGUGAGCGAUAACGCAAUUAGGCAGGAUGUUGGCAUCAACUAAAUUGAAUUGUAUAAUGUCACAAGUCGACCAAUAGCUGAGGAUAUUAGGCUCAUUUGUGUAAUGCCAAUGUAUCGGUGAGUGAGAUAGAUGCCACUUGUAAAUUUCAGGGAGGCUAUGUAAUAAAAGUUGCAUAGGACACAAUUUAUUUAUGCAAUGAAUUAUAAAUAUUUUCAUAAAGCUUUCCUCCUCACCUGUUAUGAUUAAUUGUGCCUAUUUAGUUUUAAACCAUAUAUAUUUAAUGUACCUACUAAAAGGUCUUGAAUGGACGUUGCGCCUCCAUUUUAUUUAUUAAUUGCGAUGACAUGCGACAGUCCGCAGCAGUCCUGCUAGUAAAUUAAAGCGAGGAUAAAUUAGUUUCUAUUACCUGCUGGCCAGAAGUUUGAUGUGUAAUUAUAUAAAUCAUUGUGGGUUAGAGGCUGCCUCGGCAUGUUAUAAAUGUAAAGUGUUUAUUGACUGUCGUUCAUUUGUAGUUAGUACUAAAUAAAUGUGAUAGAGGGGACUGCUGCCAGUGUACGGAGACGUGUUGAGGGCACCAGCAUGUAUCAGAUCGGAUCGCCCGUGCCAACUACUUGUUUUACACAAUAUCAACACAGUAAAGUCUAUGUUUAUUCAAUAAAAUUCUUGUAAUAUUCAGUUCUCGAAAAGGACUAUUGUAUUUUCUUGUAGUUGAUUUGGAAUCAUUAACUUUUACCUACAUGUGUUCAUCGGCGAGUCCUUUUCAUGCAAAAAUCUGAAAUAAACUUGACAAACAUUUGAUAUUUGUAAAAAUCUGUAACUCAAAAGCUGUACCUGGUGAUUGUAACAAUAUAAAAUAUAACUUUACUACAAAUCUUCCAAAA